CGGAGCUCGUUCGUAAAGGGACCGUCUCAGCCAAGUGCCUGUUGGUAGAAACCUGCUUGGCGUCGGGUCUGGAGGGGCUUGGAGGUGACUGUGGCCGUGGCUGGAGCAGACGUCGGGUAGAGUUCUUACGAAGGAAGGCGCCAUGGACGAUCAGGGCUGCCCCCGGUGUAAAACCACCAAAUACCGGAACCCCUCCUUGAAGCUGAUGGUGAAUGUCUGCGGACACACUCUGUGUGAAAGUUGUGUGGAUUUACUGUUUGUGAGAGGAGCUGGAAACUGUCCUGAGUGUGGCACUCCUCUUAGAAAGAGCAACUUUAGGGUACAACUCUUUGAAGAUCCUACUGUUGACAAGGAGGUUGAGAUUCGGAAAAAAGUGCUAAAGAUAUAUAAUAAAAGAGAAGAAGACUUUCCUAGUCUAAGAGAAUAUAAUGAUUUCCUAGAAGAAGUGGAAGAAAUUGUUUUCAACUUGACCAACAAUGUGGAUUUGGACAACACCAAAAAGAAAAUGGAGAUAUACCAAAAGGAAAACAAAGAUGUCAUUCAGAAAAAUAAAUUAAAGCUGACCCGAGAACAGGAGGAAUUGGAAGAAGCUUUAGAGGUAGAACGGCAGGAAAAUGAACAAAGAAGACUAUUGAUACAAAAAGAAGAACAGCAGCAGCAGAUUCUAAAAAGGAAGAAUAAGCAGGCUCUUUUAGAUGAACUGGAGAGUUCUGAUCUCCCUGUUGCUCUGCUUUUGGCUCAGCAUAAAGAUAGAUCUACGCAGUUGGAAAUGCAACUUGAGAAACCCAAACCUAUAAAACCAGUGACAUUUUCCACAGGCAUCAAAAUGGGUCAACAUAUUUCAUUAGCACCUAUUCAAAAGCUUGAAGAAGCUCUCUAUGAGUAUCAGCCACUGCAAAUAGAGACAUGUGGACCACAAGUUCCUGACUUUGAGAUGCUAGGAAGACUUGGGUAUUUAAAUCAUGUCAGAGCUGCCUCACCACAGGACCUUGCUGGAGGCUAUACUUCUUCUCUGGCCUGUCACAGAGCACUACAGGAUGCAUUCAGUGGGCUCUUCUGGCAGGCCAGUUAACCUUUGCUUCUCCUUUAUAAGAUUUGGACCUUGGAGCCGAACUAGAGACUAGCAAAAGUAAAGCAGACUUGUAAAAUUAUAGUCAUAUGCAGCUGCACAACAAAAGCACCACCACUAGCAGCUGUGUUAAAGGAUUUAUAAAGAGAAAAUUUCAGAACUAAGCAGAGUAAUAUAGUGAGUAUUUGUGGAAAGAGAUUUAUUUUUUACUUAUAUUUUCCCGAGAGGAAUUGAAACUGGAAGCCUCAUCUGAUGGAAGAUAUGAAUAAUUUACCUGUGUAUAUUUGAGGCUGACAGACUUGUAAAAUCUUUUCAAAAAUAAAGCUAGACUUUAUAUUAA